AUGCCAUGCAUGAAUAGUAAUAAUUCCGAGUUAUUUUUAAGUAAAUUAAUACAAGAAUUUAACUUAGAUUCAAUUAACAAUGAAGGACAUUUACAUAUAUUACAUCAAGCAGAAAAAUUAUUUUUGAAAGUAUUUGAUGUAGAAGACAAUAUAGAUACUCUUAUUGAUAAAUUAAUCAUACUUCUAAUUAAAACACAUAAUGAGGGAAAUGGUUUUAAUGAAACAAAGAAUUUCAUUAAUCAAUGUAUAUUUCUUUCAAACAAAGAUUCAAAUGAUAUUUUUGAAUGGCUUAAAGAAAAUCAAGUGGAAUCAAAACAUGUCUUUCUCUUGGGAUUUUUCUAUUUUAAUAAUAUUAAUUUUGAAAAAAAUUACAAUGAAGCAUUUGAAGCAUUUAAAUUGUUUUCAAGUGCUUCAACAAAUAAUUAUUCGAUUGCACAAGUUUAUCUUGCAUUAUGUUAUGAGAAUGGAUAUGGAAUUAAAAGAAAUUAUGAUUUAGCAUUUGAUUGGAUACAAAUAGCCGUUGCAAAUAAAAAU